UGGAAGGCAAGCAUGGUUCUCCCCUCCAGAAGACAAUGAAUCUCUAACAAUUUGCUGGCUUCAAAGGAGCACCUCUGGAACCAGUGGAUGUCACGCUGUGCCAAGACAAGUUCUCCAAUCAUCUAGAUUUUAAAUGCAGACAGAAGUUAUCUGACUGUUGUAAUCAGAAGGCUCCUUGCGUAGGUCUGCUUGUGGUUUUCUACUACCUACCAAGAACCUGCAAGUAGUUUCUCUUUGAGCAGUCAAUAACAUUUGAAAAGGAAACAAUCUUAACGGCUAAAAGAAGUUGACUCUUGAUUCUUGGGAUCCUCAGACAGACUUUCGCUAAUCUUUACUUGACUUUUGAUCAUUCUAAAUCUCUCACAAUUCAUGUGAAGAAUGGAGAAAGGGUGAUCUGAAUGGCAGCUGUGGGCAAUGCUGAGCAAGUUGUGACGUCAGUCUGUGCCUGGAUGAUAUGUAUUCGAACAGGCACCACAGAAGAUUCAGCAUCGUCUCUCCCAGAAGCAGCAGUACAAAGGUUGAUCGAUGACAUUUCACAGGAUUGGAGGAAGACAUUUGCACCUCCGAAACCAGCAGCCUCUGUGACACGAUGGAAGGUAUUUGGAUCAACAGAUAUCGGAAAUACCUGGUUAAAUCCAUAAACGGGCCCUUUCUGGAGUCGAUAAUCCGCUACAUGAAGAGGCAGGACCUGAUAAGCACCGAGGAAGUCAAUCAAAUUCAGGAACUGACAGGCCCAACAGACAGAACGAAGGCAGUGAUCGAUGUCCUUGCUGGGAAAGGACAUGCAGCAUCUGAGUCUUUGCAGACUUUUAUAGAGACCACUAACUCACAGCUCUACCUUUUAGUGACAGUCUACGAACCAAUGAUACAGAAGCACAUGGAAGUUCUACAGAGCAAGUUUGGCAGUGGCCAUGACCUCAGUACCAUGUGCGAGCAGCCAUCUGUGAAACGACUCACCAACCUCUUGCUAAUCGAUGGGCUGACGGACGUCCAGCAGAAGGAACAUGACGUCAUGCAAACAGAGGCCACUAGAGGUGUGAAGAACAGCUCGAGACACACCCCACUGGACAGGCUCUUCCUGCCCUCAUCGAAAGUUAGCAUGCCACCACGGAUCUCAGUGACAGUUGGUGUGGCUGGAAUUGGGAAGAGCACUUUGGUAAAAAUCCUUGUGUACAAAUGGUUGAAGGGGGAGUUGUACAGAGACGUCACUUUUAUAUUUCCCUUCAUGUUUCGGGAGCUGAACUCCUUUGAGAGGAUAUCUGCAGAAAAGCUGGUCAAGUUGACCUUUCCCCACAUUGCUGAAGCCAACCACAUUCUGAAUGGGUCAGCAAAGGUGGUGCUGGUCUUUGAUGGUUUGGAUGAGUUCAAAUACCCACUGGAGUUCUCAAACUCACAGAUCUGCACCGACCCAAAGAAGGAUAUCCAAAUCGACAACUUAAUCACCAACAUAAUACGGGGCAACAUCUUCUCUCAGGCAACAGUUUGGAUCACCUCACGCCCAACCGCAGCAAGCCAAAUCCCAGCAGGUCUUGUCGACAGGAUGACAGAACUCAGGGGCUUUGAAGAAGUGGAGAUGGAAGACUUCUUGGAGACGCUGUUUGAAGAAAAAGCGGUGGCCACGGAGGUCUUUUCACACAUAAAGGCCCAUAAGUCACUGAACAUAUUGUGCUCCGUACCUUCCUUUUGUCUAUUGAUUGGCCUAUCUCUCGCCUACUACCUCAGAACAAGUAAUGAUGGACACAAAGCCGGCAACUUCCCUCAGACCAUGACAGAAAUCUACACUCAUUUCUUCAAAAUGAUUCUCAGUGGGGAUUGGCAGGAAAAGGAGCAGGAGGCACUGAAGAUUGAGCAAGCCUUUUGCAACAACAAGAAACUGAUUUCCAACCUUAGCAGGCUGGCAUUUUGUGGGUUAGUUAAGCGCAAGUUUGUUUUCUACGAGCAAGACAUAAAGGCCCAUGGUAUUGACCUUUCAUCACUACAGGGAGGCUUGUGCAGUAAGAUCUUUGUCAAAGAUGAAUCGACUAUCUGCACAGUUUACUAUUUCACACACAUUACUGUGCAGGAGUACCUGGCUGCCAUCUAUUAUUACACUGCCUCUAAAAGGGCCAUAUUUGAUCUAUUUAACGAGAGUGCCAUGUCCUGGCCCAAGAUUGGCUUCCACAAUCACUUUAAGAAUGCUGUCAAUAAGUCACUGCAGUCAGAGGAUGGCCACCUGGAUGUUUUUGUGCGGUUCCUCUCUGGGCUUCUCUCUCCCGAGGUGAACCGGCUGCUGCAGGGCCUGCUCCUGACGAAGGAUGAGCACAACAGCUACCGGACCCCCGUGGCCCAUCACCUUCAGAGCUGCCUCAACACGGACUAUGUUAUCUCCUCGCGGACGGUCAACAUCAUGCACUGUCUGCACGAGCUGCAGCACACAGACAUCGCCAAAGGGGUGGCGGAUGCCCUGCGGACCGGCAGUCUGGCCGGGAGGUUGACCCCCAUCAACUGCUCCGCAUUGGCCUACCUCCUGCAGGUGUCCGAGGAGUGUAUGGAAGAGACCAACCUCUCCAACUGCCUCAGCUACAACAUCUUCAAGAGCCUGCUUCCCCGCCUUCUGUACUGCCACAACCUCAGGCUGGAGAAUAACCAGUUCAAGGACAAUGUGAUGGAUCUACUGGGGAGCCUGCUAAGUGCAAAGGACUGUCAGAUCAGCAAGAUCAGCUUGGCUGAAAACCUGAUCAGCAACCCGGGGGCAAAGGCCAUUGCUCGGUCACUGAUGGUGAACCGUACCCUGUCUGCUUUGGACCUGAGGAGCAACUCCAUCGGACCCAAAGGAGCCAAGGCACUCGCUGAUGCCUUGAAGAUCAACCAGGGCCUGACCUCCCUCAACCUUCAGAAUAAUUUUGUCGGUGAAGAUGGAGCGAAGUUCGUAGCCGAGGCGCUUCACGUCAAUCGGAAGCUAACCAUUCUGAACCUUCAGAAGAAUUCCAUCAACCAUGAAGGAGCAAAACGGAUCGCAAAUGCCUUGAAACGUAACGGGAGCCUAAAGGAGCUAAACCUGUCCAGUAACUGUAUCGGAGAUAUUGGAGCGAGUGCUAUAGCCGAAGCCUUGAAAGUAAACAGAAGUCUUGCUACCCUAAACCUCCAGAGUAAUUCCAUCAGUAACAAUGGUGCGACUGCAUUGACAGCAGCUCUAAAGCUCAACGAAGGCCUCAUCGACCUGAGUCUGCGAGAGAAUUCCAUCGGCCUGAAUGGAGCCAGGGAAAUUGCAAAUGCGCUACGUGCAAACAAGGUGCUGAGGAGCUUGGAUUUAACAGCAAAUCUGUUACACGAUGAAGGGACAGAAGCCAUCGCUUCCGCUGUUCAGGAGAACCAGACCCUCACUUCUCUGCACCUUCAGUGGAAUUUCAUCAGUCCGGAAUCUGCCAAAGCUUUAGCUCGUGCACUACGGUCGAACCAUAGCAUCACCAGCCUUGACCUCCAGGAAAACAGCAUUGGAGAUGAAGGAAUCAUCGCACUCUCGGCUGCACUGAAAUAUAACUCAGUGCUGACCUCCCUCUACCUACAGGGAACGUCCGUGGGUGAACGAGGUGCCAAGGCCUUGGCCGAAGCCCUCGCAGUGAACAGGAGCCUGACCACGCUGGAUCUCCGAGGGAAUGCUGUAGGCGUGGCUGGGGUGAAGGCAAUUGCUGCGGGCCUGAAAGUCAACAACAGCCUCCAGACUCUCAACCUUCAGGAGAACUCGUUGGGUCUGGAUGGGGCGAUGUGCAUUGCAAUUGCUUUGAAGUAUAAUCCCAGUCUUGCCCACAUCAAUCUCCAGGGCAACAAGAUUGGCGAAUCUGGAGCGAAGGUCAUCGCUGCUGAGAUCAGAAGCAAGUCCCCUCACUGCAUUGUUGAGAUCUGAGCCAAGCCAGGCUGGAAAAGUAGCACAGUGCGGGCCCCAUUCGAUUCGGCACAAUCCAUCUUCUGGUGUGUUGUCCACCUCCACUGACCCUGAGGCCGGGAGAAAAGAAUGGUGUUCCCUGACCCCGAGGUCAGUGAGAGACAGUGCGGACGGUGGUGGCCUGUGACCCCUGACCCUGUGACCCUGAGGUCAGUGGGAGCGGUGUGGGCAGUGGCGACUCCUAACACCUGAAUUCUCUGGGAGCAUAGAUAAUGGUGACCCCUGAGGAAGGAGGCGCAGACAGCGAUAACCUGUGGCUUCACUACCAGUUACUGCAUGAAGAUGUGGAACCGUUGUGGGAGUCGGUUCACACACUGAUGGGAACUCGUGUUGCACUUGUACAUAAUUGAGUUGUUUCAUAGACUGAGGGAAAUUGUGUUCCAUUUGUAGAUAUGUUAUUUACAGUAUAACUGCUUAUAUUUAUCAAUGAUUUCAAAAGCAACUAUUAAAAAUAAUAUUCCAGUGCUGAGUA